AUGUUUAGCUCCACUGGCCACAUCGACACCAUCGAUAAGCGGGACUUCGAUGCGAAUCGACCACUUCUCGAAGAUGGAAACAUAGAUGGACAUAAUCAGGGACCUAGCUCAGGCGUUGGCCGGCUCAGGGCAGGAUCACACCGUUCACAACAAUCCUCACACUCUGGAUUCGGACCGACCAGUGACGACGGGCUUCUCAGCGAUGUCGUCGAUGGUAUUGUUCAACGCGAUCGACGGAAAAUGGAGAAGGAAGUAGUACGGGUCAUUAGUUUUGUUUGGGGAGUUAUAACUUGCCUGGGCGCGGGUAGCAUUACCGCUUUUUCUUUGUACGGGCACCUGUUGCUUACAAGGCUCCAUUACACCCAACUCCGGGUCAAUGCGAUAUCCAUUGCGGCUGAGAUCGCGAUGUAUUUGCUAGUUCCCUUGUUUGGGUACCUAUGCGACCGGUAUAGUCCGUCGCCGUUGUCCUUGGUUUCGGGCGUGUUGUUUGGACUUGGUUAUUUUCUCGCAGCAUUCACAUAUAAGAGCGGUCCUCCUCCAGAUUCUGGAGGGUCAGGAUGGCCGUUCUGGGUCAUGGUUGUGGCAUUCAUUGCUAUUGGAAUGGGUACAAGCUGCAUGUACCUCGCUGCCGUCGCAACCUGUGCCAAGAAUUAUGGCAGAGGAAAGCACAAGGGCAUCAUGCUUGCGCUCCCGAUUGCAGCAUUUGGGCUCAGUGGUAUGUGGCAGAGCCAGUUGGGAACCUACGUUUUGUGUGAGCGCGAUAUAGAUGGCAAGUGUGGUGACGUGGAUGUGUUCCGUUACUUCCUUUUUUUGGGAGUCAUUUUACUGGUUACUGGAUUCAUCGGCACUUUCGCAUUACGAAUUGUCGACGAUGACGAGGAGGAGAGAUAUAUCGAUGAGACUGUUGAGGAGCUGGAGCGAAGUGGGCUUCUUGAAGAAAGCGAUUUCUUCCGACCGAGGGGUGAGAUACGGUCUACCGUAGAAUACGGCACCUUCUUGGACAACGAUGAAGAGGCCCUCACUCUUUCUGGCGAAGAGCGGGAGGAGAGGCGACGAGAAAAAGAACGGGAAGAGGAGGAACGGCGAAAGAAGAACUGGCUUCUCAACUACGAGACUCGUGUGUUCCUCCUCGAUCCCACCAUGUGGUGGCUAGCCGCUGGGUUCUUCCUGGUCACCGGACCUGGCGAGUCAUAUAUUAAUAACCUCGGCACUAUCAUUCCGACUCUAACACCUCCAUCUUAUGCCCUAAAUGCGCCUCCACCAGCCGGACUUCCAUCGACUCACGUCACCACUAUCGCAUUGACCUCAACAAUUGCCCGACUGUUGACAGGGUCUCUAUCCGAUUUUUUUGCACCGGUAGCAACACAUCUCUUCCCUCCAAUUCCAGAUAGUCGCCGACACACAAUUACUACUGAAGGCAGUAACCGAACUACCCUUUCCCGAAUGAUCUUUUUGCUCCCAUCAGCCCUUCUCCUUUCUAUCGGGUAUCUUAUUCUCGCCAGUCCCCUCGCAUUAAAGGUUCCCUCUCUCUUCCAUCUGACAACCGCUCUCGUCGGCUUCGGCUAUGGAAGUGCAUUUUCUCUUACCCCGAUUAUCAUCUCUGUCGUAUGGGGCGUAGAGAACUUUGCCACGAACUGGGGUAUCGUGGCCAUGAUGCCUGCCAUCGGGGCCGCGCUGUGGGGGGUGGUAUACUCUGCCGCAUACCAAACUGCCCUCGAUGAUGGUAGUGGUAGUGAUGCCGAUGGGCAAUGCCAUGGUUGGCGUUGCUAUGGUUUCUGGGCUGUCGGUUGCACGAUCAGUGUUUGGAUUGCCAUUGUCGCUUGGCUGGCUGCUUGGAGAGGUUGGAAGCGGCGAGGUGUUGUUGUUUAA